AUGGAUCCCCGCGCCCCCAGUCGCCAGACUUCCCGCGCGCCCACUCGCCAGGCUUCCCGGCCUCCCACUCGCCAGGCCAACAAUCCAGCGCUUGCACCAGUGCACAAUGAUCCUUGGCCGCUUACUGCAGAUCGAAAGGACCCGGCUAGUAGGAAAUGGUUUGUUUUGACGCACUGGGUCAAUUCAAACUUCCCUGAGGGGACGUUUGUGGUCCUCACAAAGUACAUGGACUACCCCAUCACCCCGACCCCGCCAGUGCGUCCUGGACAAGAGCCCGCCCCGGGCGUUGAAGUUCAGCGCACGAUGGAGAACACCACGUAUCAGUUUCAUAAACUCAACAUCGAAACCCGGAGAGAAGCAUUCUCAACGCAGGACGGUGUCAACGCUCCCAUGACGAACGUGAUAUCCUUCCAGCCAAACGGACAACCUGUUCCAUCCUCCAUUCCGCUCGAGGCGUAUACGCCCGUUUAUACAAUCGGCGCCAUCCCUCCUAUCAAGGACAAAAGUUUGCCACAAACAGUGCCCGUGCCGCUGAACACUCGCGUCUUGAUUCUAGGCCCUACCUCUCGUGACGGCGUGACCAAAGCCCUCCAGAGCUCCGGCAGACAUCCGGUUGGCAGACGCUACCUCCUGAAAGUCGCCGUAGAGACGGAGAUCAGGGAAUGGGAGAAAUGCCUCGUCAGCCUGGGCUCCACGAGCUUCCGCCUUCCCAAGCAAUCCGAGAGGGACACGAUCCAGAUGCUCAACAAACGUCCGGCGCCCCCGAAGGCGGUCGACACAUACCAAAGUGACAUCGUCCUCACUUAGCGCAUAACGUGCGCGAAUUGCGACGCGGGAGGAAUAACAGGUCAAGAAGGAUGGCUUGUUCCCGCGUCCGCACCAAUUCCAGCAAAAUUGCUGAGUUCUGGCUAUCUCGUCGUUUCGUAUCAAUGUACUUGUAAAUCGUGCUCUCGCUGCUCAAAGUGCUCUCAAUGUUCAUAUCGCUAUCCCCC